AUGUCUCUACAACUUAAUACUCGUGCCGCGGCGCCCUCCCCGAUUCCCUCCUUCUCGAACCCCAUCUCUGAGCUCCCCCAGGCACAGGUGGAUGCGAUUAUCCGCACGAAGCGCAAGGCACGCGAACCCAAAGCCUGCUACCCUUGUCACACCCGAAAGGUCAAAUGCGACCGCAACCUGCCCUGUGACGGCUGCGUCAAGCGAGACCAUGCAGAUCUAUGCUCAUACGAACGGCCCUCGAAGAAGCGGCAGAUUGCAACAGCCCAUGCAUUCGCCCCAGCUGUUGUAACAUCAUCCGCAACCAGCAACGGAGGACCGGCUGGGAACCCCCGGAUCAGUCCAACGGAUCUUCAAAUUGGUGCUCCCAGCGCGACGGGCAAAGUGAUGAUUCCAAAGGAGGAAUGGGAUACGGUGUGUGCCAAGUUGAAGGAAAUGGAAAAUAUGAUCUCCGCGCUUCGAAUGGGUCUCGAGCAGACGGAAUCGGGUCAGGCCGUCCCAUCGACGAUACCAAGUGCCAGUUCAGCUAGUCGUUCGGGGGAUAACUUUCCUGACCGCGAAGGAAUCCAUGCGUCGAAUGAGCUUGGGAAUGGGACCGUGCAUCUGGGCUCGAGAUCCGUCUUGGCAUAUCUACUUGGUCGAUCGGGCUCUUCGCAAGAGGCUUCCCAGGCGUUGCUUGAAGGCGGAAUUCUUCCAAAGCUGGGGCUCGAUAAUGAGUCAGCUACAUAUCCGUUCGUAGAUCUCUGGUCGACUGAUACAUCUACAUUUGACCUGGGUGCCGUCUGCGCGGUUUUACCAGACGAUGACCAGUGCAAGAUGUUCAUUGGACGUUAUUGUGAUAUUAGCGCCACCAUUUAUCCGGUCAUUCCGGACAUCGAAGAGUUUCAAAAGAAUUUGAGCACCCUCCUUCAAAAUAGAGCGUUAUGGGGUGGUCUUCAGCCAGAAUCUAGCGAGGUAACGGACAGGCCUUAUGGGAUGAGCCUCGCUUUUGUUGGAUUGCUGUUUGCUGCACUGGCUGCAGGAUGUCAAUUAUCUGAUCUCCCUAGCAAGGAGAGGGAGUUGACCUCCCAGGUUUACGGUAUGACUCUAAGAAUGGGUCUUGCUUUGGGUUUACAUGUAGAAUCAAACAGGUUUCCAACUGCUGAAAGAUACAUUCGGCGAAGAAUCUGGUGGUCGAUGGCAUGGCAAGAUAGCCACUUCUCCCUGUCGUAUGACAGGCCAUCCACAAUGGCGUUUAGCCAACCUGAUAUACCCUACCAUGUGACCUCUCAACCAGGGCAUCGCCUAUACUUCGAAACGCUCAGCCGCAUAAUCUCACUCACCCUGGAAAUUCUUAAGGGCCGUAUGCUGUCACCGCACUCACAAAUGGGUAUUCCCGUGAUCCAGGCUUACAGGGACGAACUUCAAAAAAUCAUGUCAGAUGCAGCCCCGCAUCUUCGCGAUCCGGCGCACUGCCUCACCCCCUUUGACCAUAUCGAAAGAUUGGCAUUGAAACUACAUUCAUCAUACGUGACGUCAGAACUCUGUCGACCCUCAUUGAAGAACUCUGAAUCCAAGGACCCUUCCUGGGUAACCAUGCGCAAGGAUUGCAUCGCCGCCCUCGCCCGCACCAUCGAAGCCUACACUGAGUUGUACUCCUUCAACUCCCAGGCAGGGCGAACGUGGAUCGGUCUUCAACGAGCAAUCAGCUCCGCCUUCCUCCUCGCCGUAAUCGGAGAAUCCAAAACCGACGCUCAUAUUCUACAACUGCUCCGCCGGCUAGAAUCAGUCAUAGCAGAACGUGCAACGUCUGAGGGUGGUCUGAAUGCCAGUCCCCCCACCAACCCGGCCCCAAGAACAGCCGGUUCCGCCGGCAUACCCUCCCCGGGACAGGCAUACCGCCCUGUCAAAGUAGAGCAAUCCGGCAUGAUCAAUGGCAUCACGAACAUAUCCACUCCAAGCUAUGACCCAGUGUCCGUCUCAAUCGCCUCCACAGCCCCUGUCCCCAUCUCUGUCGCAGCUGACACACAGACCCAGUGGGCAAAGCCCCUAAUCAAGUCGCUGCGUGCCUUACAAAGGCUCAAUGCAGUCUUCAGCAUGCAGCUUCAGCACAAAAAGGCCUCGUCAUCGGUGCCGCUGCAUAUGGUCGUCCAAGGCGGUGUUGGCGUUGGCAAUGGCAGCGCUGGUUCCACCGCCUUAUCCACCGCGUCCUCCGCCUCUCCUCCUACUGUUAACGGCGGAUUCCCCUCGUCGUCAAUCGGGUGUGCUGCUGCGGCUGUCGCCCAUACGACGAAGGCUGAGUCGCUCCAGCCAUAUACCCCGGAGAGCACGACGAGUGGGGAGUGGUCGCUACCGAAUCUGAUGGAUCGGGCGGCGGAGUAUAUCCAUCCGCCGCUGUGGGAAUGA